AUGGGGAUCAAGGACAAGUUGAAGAGAUCUUCCCGGGUUUUCUCGUCUGAUUGCAAGGAGAGUGUUUCUGAAAACGGGAGCAGCACUGCUGGCGCCAAAGAAGAGGUCAAAACGACCACCGAGCCCAAGGCUGUUCCAGACGCGGCCGAAGCGGCCGAAGCGGCAUGCACCGCCAAGGCUGCUACCCCCGAAGCUGACGCCGCGAUUGAUGCUGCAUUGGAUGAUGUGACUGGCAAUGAACAUGUGGAUGAAAACGCAGCCGUUUCAAAGGGGGAGGGUGCACGUGACGCCGCGGCAGAUGCUGCAAACCCUGCGCCCGCUGCCGAGGCUGCUGCUGAGGUUGCCGCUGAAGACGGCAAGAAGCCAGUUAAGGAAGGCAACGCGAUCAAGAGGAGCCUCUCCAAACGAGCCAAGAGCAAAGCGAACACGUCCACCGCGUCUGGCGAGGCCAGGCGGGGCGAGAUAUUCCACAAGUUCAUGAAAAAAUUCAGGAGACCUGUGGGUGUUCCAGCAGGGAAAUCUGCGCAGAAGUCCGCCGACAAAACCGCAAAGAAAGUGGAAGUCUCCGGCGCUGACAAGGCUGAGACCAGCACCGAUAAUGCUGCUGUUGCAACUGAAGCAGGUGCAGUCGAUGCAGUCAACGCCGCGCGCGACGCUCUGCUUGAUCCGGCCACCGCGCCCGAGGCUGUCGCCGAAACUGCAGGGACCGUCGAGCCCGCCAAAUAA